CGACCGGUGACAGGCCGCUUCCGGUUUUCUCCAGACGCAUCAGAGCCAAGAUGGCGGCGCUUUUUAAAGCACGGAGAGCCCUGGGCAUGGCGGUAGGCCACGGAGUGCGCCGUUUGAGCCAGCUUGCGGAGCUGCCAGAGUUGCACCAGAUGAUGAGGCAGACGUGUAGAGAUUACGCUCAGAAAGAACUUGCACCAAUCGCUGCUCAGCUGGACAGAGAUCACAAGUUCCCAGCCAAGCAGGUGAAAGAACUGGGAGCGAUGGGUGUCAUGGCUGUAGAGGUACCGGAGAGUCUGGGUGGAGCUGGGAUGGAUUAUCUUGCCUACUGUCUGGCCGUGGAAGAGCUCAGCAGAGGAUGUGCAUCGACCGGAGUCAUCGUCAGUGUAAAUAAUUCGCUGUACCUGGGUCCAAUUCUGAAGUUUGGCACAGAAGAGCAGAAAACGCAGUGGAUUACUCCCUUCACCACAGGGGACAAAGUGGGCUGUUUUGCUCUGAGUGAGCCAGGAAACGGCAGCGACGCAGGUGCGGCAUCAACACUGGCACAGCAGGAGGGAGACGAGUGGGUCCUGAACGGAACCAAAGCCUGGAUAACCAACUGCUGGGAUGCUUCCGCCACCGUCGUCUUCGCCACGACAGACAAGAGCUUAAAACACAAGGGAAUUAGUGCCUUCCUAGUGCCGAUGCCUCAUCCGGGGUUGUCUUUAGGGAAGAAAGAAGACAAACUGGGAAUUCGAGCUUCAUCGACUGCCAAUAUCAUUCUGGAGGACUGCCGCAUCCCACUCGGCAACAUGCUGGGAGAGCGUGGAAUGGGCUUUAAGAUUGCAAUGCAAACGCUAGACAGCGGGCGGCUGGGCAUCGCAGCGCAGGCUCUUGGUAUCGCUCAGGCGGCCCUGGACUGCGCGGCGGAUUACGCUCAUAAAAGAACUGCUUUCGGGGCCCCGAUUGGGAAACUGCAGGCGAUACAGUUUAAACUGGCAGACAUGGCCUUGGCCCUAGAGAGCGCUCGACUGCUCACCUGGAAAGCUGCGAUGUUGAGAGACGCAAAGAAACCUUUUACUAAGGAAGCUGCUAUGGCUAAACUGGCUGCAUCUGAGGCCGCUACGUUUGUCUCCCACCAGGCCAUCCAGGUGCUGGGCGGCAUGGGUUACGUCACAGACAUGCCCGCUGAGAGACACUACAGAGACGCCCGCAUCACGGAGAUCUACGAAGGCACCAGCGAGAUCCAGAGAUUAGUCAUCGCCAACAAUAUUCUCAAAGAAUAUCAGCAGUAGUUCACGUUACGUCACCGUGCCUGGAUUGGCUGAUCUGGUCGGUCACAGAGCUCAGGACUGCAUUACUGUGACCGUGUUAAUGUCGACACACUCGAAGUGCGUUUUCUCAUUUGUGCCACAAGAGCGCAGUAGAGAGUCUGGAUCUUUUGCCUUCUAUCUGGGAGCUUAAAUGCAUAUCUGAUUGUACAUAAUGAAUUGCAUGCAUUUGUUAUGCAACUUCAAAUAAAUAAUGAUUUUAUUACUACGA